GGUCCUCAAGUUCUGUAAAGAGUGACGUAUUAAAAACUGUGCGGUGGUGGUGGCUAAAGCAAAAAUAAAGGAAAUGGAUCCUUUUUUUGGCGUAAAUAAAUAAACAGAAAGUAAUUAAAUGGAUUAACGUUAUCUUUAUUCAGUCCAGGCAGUAUUUCAGCUUUAGUGGACGGAUUUGGAUUUUGAGAACUGUUCUUGUCGAAUCUGGUUCGUUGUUCUUGUCCAAGAAUAGACUAAUAGCAAAUUAGCACAGGUUAGAGUUAAUUAACCUUUAAACUUUGAUAAGAUGGCGAUAAUGAUAACCACUACAGUGACCAGAAAUAUGGACAAGGGAUAAGCUACCUGGAUACAAAGUGAAAGUUAAACUAUUUAUGGUGUGGUUUGUGAUUCAAGUUUCCGCGAGUAUAAAUAAGCAAAACCAUUUUAAUCUUAUCUUAUCGAUAAGUGGAGAAGAUGAGCUUAUCGGAGCGUGAGAGGACGCGCAACAAGCCGUAUGAUUACCUCUUAAAAUUCCUCCUUGUCGGCGACUCGGACGUAGGGAAGCAAGAAAUUGUCUACAAUUUUCAAGACGGGGCGAACGAAUCUCCCUUCUGUUCCGGAUCCAGUCCUGCAGCUUAUAAGACAACGACGAUAUUGUUGGACGGGAAACGUGUCAAACUUCAGGUCUGGGACACUUCUGGUCAGGGUCGCUUCUGCACAAUUCUACGCUCUUACUCUCGCGGGGCGCAAGGAAUCUUUCUCGUUUAUGAUAUCACGAAUCAGUGGAGCUUUGACGGGCUGUCCCGCUGGUUACAUGAAGUUGAAGAGCACGCCCCCGGGGUACCAAAGGUACUGAUCGGAAAUAGACUGCAUCUCGAGUUUAAACGCCAAGUCGCCGUUGAGGUGGCCGAAGAUUACGCCAACAAGCACAAGAUGGGCUUUUUCGAAGUCUCUCACCUUUGUAACUUUAACAUUGUCGAAAGUUUCGUCGAACUGAGUCGCAUGGCGUUGCAGCGAAAUGGAAUGGAGAGGUUGUGGCGACAAAAUAAAGUCUUGAAACUCAAAGAGCUCUGCUGUCGACAAAUCGUGAACCACACAACGGUCUAUGGAAUCGACCAGUUGCCUUUACCAAAUAAUUUAAAGUCGUACUUGAAGUCAUAUGCAAUGAACCGCUACUCCACCCAGUAUCGCUCCCUCCCGGCCAAGUUCCCCUCAAAAAAGCUAAAGUUUCUCACUCCUAACGAUGCCGCGAAUGGCACGAACGGUUGCACCGGGGGGAAGAAGGCGUGCUCCAUUAUUUGACACAUGAUGACAACAUUGUGCCCGUGUAGACGCUACUCUAACCGGAAGAAAGGAGUGGAAUCUUCAUCGUCACCUUUAUCGGAAUCAUUCAUCAAUAGCUUUUAAGUUUUAAUUUAUAACAAUUCCACUUCGUCCUCAGCUACAAGAUUUUAACAAGAAUUGCUUUCAAGCAAAUGACGCAGAUGUUUGUGACCAACUAUAAACUCUGUAAACUUACAAACGUUGGCACAAGUUUGCAGAUUUACGCAGGAAAUCACGUUACAAAUCUUUUGUUUACAUUAAUCAAGGCCGACGCUAUACAAACUGUAAGUUUGUAAAAUAAUUUUAUAAACUUGCAGUUCACAAACGUCUGCGUGGAUUGUCUAGAUAUUUAACUAAACAGCGUGUUUAUGUAUUCAAUCACGUGAUGGAUCGCUCAGUUAAUUUGUUUGUUUCACCUGUUAUUUUCGUUAAAGGAUACUUCAAAAUGUGGAAAUGUAACGCGUGAUGGGAAAUCGUUGUAACGUAGCUGCUAGCUAAAUCUUAUGAUAAGUUAUGUUAUGUAUGUCGAGUUUUGUUAGCAUUUUUACCUUAACAAUUUUUUUCAAUUUAUUAUUUAUUUAUCAUUCAUUCAUACGUAAGUAAUUUCUAGUAUGUGUUAAGCCACAUUUGACAAAUUGUUAUAAUUUAAUUUCGCAAUUCGCACUUACAAAUAACCAAUAUCAAUCAAGAAUUAACCAAAAAAUCUGCUUCUUCCGGAUUCACACAAGACAACCCCCACCAAAGUCCAAGCAAUCUCAUCUCAAUCAAUCUCGUCUCUUUAAUUAAAUUUAACUAAACAUGAUAAAAAAUGUAAUUUACGUUAGUUAAUUCAUAAGGCAAAUUAUGACAAAUAUGUGACAGUUGUCUACAAUUGUUGUGAAUUAUGAAUGACCUGACCUCUGAACUUGUUCAAGUAACAAAACGGUUGUUAACUUUAUCCCACCAACAAAAUUGCUACAUAAUAAGGAGAGAUUACAAAUACAUUUUAUAAAUUAAAAACAACUAUCAUCAAAUUGAACCUUGUAUCAAAAUCUAAAAUCCAAAUAAAAACUUGUCAGGUGUA